AGGAGACAGUGAGCACUUUCCUACAAUAACCAUAACUUUAUGUACAUUAUGACAGAAAGAAGCAGAAUCUUGCAAAGAAACUUGUUUAACAGAAAUGAUCAGGACGUCGUCUGCAGACUUUCAUGAUCCAGGAUCCGUCAGGUCAAGUCCACCUACAGAACCGAGACCUGCUAUUCAGUCACAUGCUUCUCUCCCGCUCACUCAUUACAGUGUGUGUGUGUGUGUGUGUGUGUGUGUGUGUGUGUGUGUGUGUGUGUGUGUGUGUGUUUGUUUGUUUGUACGGUGUGUGAAUUCUGACACUGGCCUCCUCUGUUCUGCUGCUACGAGCUGACUGAUCAGGAGCUACUCUAACAAUUCUCUCUCUCUCUCUCUCUCUCUCUCUCUCUCUCUCUCUCUCUUCCUUUCCACUCAUUCACUUCUUAUGAAGUCCGUUCCGGACACGGAUCAAUUGAUAUGCAUCAGAAAUCAGAGUCGGAUGUCUCAAUUAGAACCACCAACUGCUUCAGUCUCAUCAGUAUCAUGUUAUCUAACAGUGGUGGAGAUACAAAUAAUAACAUUGAUAGACUUUAUUUAUUUAAGAACCUUUCAAGACACAAUUACAAGCUGCUUUACAAGUUUAAAAAUAAGGAAUUUAAGGCAACCGAAGAAACAACAGCAGUUUGAAGAUCACACAUUAGGAAUAUCAGAGUAAAAACCAAAUAAUAUAAAACAUUUUUUAAAUGAUUAUAGUGAGUAAGAUGAGGGAGUUUUAAAAGUAAAAAAUGUUGACAAUGAAAACUACACUAGUAGACUAGUAGUAGUAGUACAGUGUAGUACAGUGUAGUACAGUGUUGUACAGUCGUGGGCUUGAGGUUCAUCAGUUCACAUGAAUGUUUGGCGCUGGGCCUUCUCUCCUCCUCCUCCUCUCACUUUCAUUCCUGUUCAUCCUCUUCCUCUGUUACACUUCUCUUUUGUUUCCCUCGCUUUCAUCUUUCUUGGUAUUCAUAAACUGUAUCAUUGUUCAAGAAUUGUCAAUCAACUGUCAGUUCAGUAAGACCAGAGGCCACUGGUCUCCUGCGCGUCCGUCGGAGCAGGAUGUCUUGGCCGCUUCUCUACGCUCAGCUGGUCGCAGCCAACCAUCACUCCACCAGUCUGGGUAAAGUCUGGCUCUCCGCGCUCUUCCUGUUCCGGGUGCUGGUGCUGGUUGUUGCUGCUGAGAGCGUCUGGGGAGACGAGCAGUCGGACUUCACCUGUAACACACUGCAGCCUGGCUGUGAAAACGUCUGCUACGAUCAGUUCUUUCCUGUCUCCCACAUUCGUCUCUGGUGUCUCCAGCUCGUCUUCGUCUCCACGCCGACACUCCUGGUCGCGUUGCAUGUGGGCCACCGGAAGCACAGGGACAAGAAGAGGCUGCUGCAGGCUUCUGCUAGAUCAAGUUUUCUCAGCAGCAAAAACCAGGAGGAAGAGUUGGAAACGCUGAAGAAGCGAAGACUCCCAAUAGCUGGCGCCCUCUGGUGGACGUACGCCUGCAGCCUGGUGUUCAGGGUGCUGUGUGAGGGAGGCUUCAUGUUUGCCCUGUACGUGGUGUACGAUGGUUUCAGGAUGCCUCGGCUGGUGCAGUGCGACCAGUGGCCUUGUCCCAACCUGGUGGACUGCUACAUCUCGCGUCCCACCGAGAAAACCAUCUUCACCGUGUUCAUGGCCACCACCUCCUCCAUCUGCGUGGUUCUCAACAUGGCCGAGCUCGCCUAUCUGGUUGCCAAGGCCGUCUCUAGAGGAAGAGGAAAUCCUGCAGCAGAGAGUCGACACAGAAUAAGACAAACCAGAAUUUACUCGUCUCGACCUGAGUUCGCAGAAACAAAGAGGACGAAGGACGUUUCAAAGACUCAAGGCUGCAAAUAUACAACACCAUGAAACGGGGUGAAGAGGAUGUAUUUCUACACAAAGCUCUUGUGUUUUUGAUCGUUAAGUGUAAUAUGUGAUAGUUAAACAUACAGUAAAGUGUUGUUUUUAAGAAUUCACUGAUGCACAUCACAGCUAAACAGCUCUUUGAUUGUGUUGUUGUUGUUGUUUUAGAUGUUUGUCAUAGUAUAUCUGUAUCAAAUUGCCCCUUGAGAUGAUUAAAUUGUACAAUAUUGUAUC